AUGGGGAGAGGGAAAGUGGAGCUCAAGAGGAUAGAGAACAAGAUCAAUCGCCAAGUAACCUUCUCCAAGAGGAGGAAUGGUUUGCUCAAGAAGGCCUAUGAGCUUUCUGUCCUUUGCGACGCCGAGAUCGCUCUCAUCAUCUUCUCCAGUCGCGGCAAGCUCUACGAGUUUGGUAGUGCAGGAGAGGAUCAGAGAGUGACUGACUGCAUUGUUCCAUUGGACCUUGGUGCAAGAUCUAGGGUUUUCCCUUUUCUUCCUCCUCCUUUCUCUCUCUAG